CAAGAUAUUUUCUAUUUUCUAGAUUUUCAAGUCUUGUUUUGGUAACGCUCCAGACCAAAACAGUGUUGUGUUGUGCUGCAGUUACCUUGUAUGGAGAAAUGGCAUGGCUUCUCUUCCUAGCUGCCAAAACUACUAAAAGACACAAACUUUCUCAAGUUUUACCAUGCAAAACCCAAACAAACAACAACCCAUUACUUCGCUUCAUUGCCUUUACUCUCUCAACCUCUCUUUCUUACUGAUCCCAGCUGGACUUGGUGGCUAGAAGUUUUCAGUAGAUCAUCAAGUCAGGCACCAAUUCACGGGAAAGAUCCCGACUCCCGAGUUGCCCAAAUAUUAUUGUAAUCAGCCUCUUUAUGUUUUCCUUUUUACAUCAUCGCUUGAUUUAAUGUUGGUCUUAGCCCGUCCAAUGAUGUCAUUGUUCAGUUGUGGUUACAUCAUGCUUUGUUUUAUUGCUAUUAUCUACUUGUCUGCUCCUUGCUGUAUAUUACUGUUUAUUACCCUUAGUUUUUUGUUCCUUGAGCUACCAGGGAAAAUAGAGGACCCUUGCCUUCUUAGUAUUAUGAACCAUCUCAAUUGUGCUCAUUCUUGGCUAGUGUUAAUGACUGAUUAAAUCAGUCCAUUGUGUGGAAGGUGAAAGGAAUAAUUCCGGUUCAGGGAAUUGGCAAGUUGAUUUGCUUCAUGCAUAUUCUCUGUUUGUAUUUAUUUGAUUCUCAUUAACCAACUUACAAUUGGAAGAGGUUCUGGUACAUUUUUAAGAGUAGUUCUUAAUUCACAGAACUUGUGAGAUCAAUAAAAACAAAUGUUGCCAAUUUUCAGCCAUUUUUUAGGUGGAUUUAGCAUCCCUCCUAUAUCUGUUUCCAUAUUUCUUCCUCAAGACCUUUGUGUGUUGGGCCGUGUAAAAACUUCUGCAUAUAGAGUUUUUUUUUCAUUAUUUUUAUGUGAUUGUGCCAGAUUUUUUCUCAAUCGAAUCUAUCAUGUUAGUGUUCAGAUGCCCAAGGACAGAUCAGAUUCCAUUUUGAUACUCUUCCCAUGGUUUAAAGCAAUGCAGAUACUCUGUCACAGCCUUGGACAUAUUCCGAUUUAUUAUAUUGCAAACAUAUGGAUACUUCAUCUCAGGCUGCAAAUUCUCUUUCAACUGCGGGAUCAGAAUCCUUUGUUGAUUCAAGUGUCAUAGCCAACAAUGACCAACUUUUCCUCCUUUAUUUCAUCAUCGGAAACUUUUUUGGGCCUGAUCUCAAAGAAGGACCUAAAAAAUCACUGUUUCAAAGAGCAGCUGAGGGGCUAUCAACUUACUUAUUAGAACAACUAACUGGAGGCUACAUCAAAACUGAAGAAAUAGAGCAUAUAUACCACUAUGCACUUCGAAAGGCAGAGAAGCAUCUUGCUUUGAAAUUAUCCUUGUUGCACCAAUUCUUUCUAGGCAACCUACCUGCUUCUGGAACUGCCAGUUACCUGCAGUUUCCUGAUAUGUUUCCAACCCACCUACAUCCUCCUCAUUCACUAAUGGAUAAUAGAUACCAAAUUGUGUCAAAUGUGAUAUUCAUCAACAACCCAAAUACCUCCCAUAUUGGCUCAAAGGACAUUGAGAGGUUUAUAAGAUUAACUGGGCUCAAGAAUCUUCUGCUGGAUAGAGAUGCAGCAAGAUUUCACUCAUAUUUGGAUGGCAGUGCUCUAUAUGAUGUGAUCGUGCAUGAGGCUGGACCUGGUGUAGAAUGGCCUCCUAUAAGUACUCACCAUUUUCAAAAGAGAGCAAAACAUGCAGAUGGCAUCCUGCAAGCCAGGGAUCUGCAUGUCUAUGAUGUGCAACCUCUUAGCUGUGUGCCAUUUAGAGGUUUGCCUCCUCCUCACAGCUGUACAACAUCUCUACCAGCCAGAGAUUCUGGAAAAUCUGCUGAAGAAAGUCCACGGAUGGUUUUUCUUCCAUCAGGAGCGAAAAAGGAAGAGUGGAACAGUUUAGUGGCUGCAUGUAAAGGUGGACUUGCAUUGACUGGUACUGCUGCAAUGGGCCAGGUGCAACAGACUGUCGGGCUUGUUGAUAUUGGUGAGUGUGAAGAUGCAUACCUUUUCCGGGUGUCUCUUCCUGGAGUGAGACAAGACGACAAUGAAUUCAGCUGCAAAAUUGAAAAUGAUGGUAAGGUGCUGAUAAAGGGCAUUACAACAACAGGUGAGAAAACGGUGUACAGGUUCUCCCAAAAGUUUGAGAUGCUAUCCAGAAAUCUCUGCUCACCAGGGCAGUUUUCUAUUUCAUUACAACUGCCUGGUCCAGUUGAUCCUAGUCAGUUUUCGGGCAAAUUUGGCUUUGAUGGGAUUCUAGAGGUGAUUGUCAUGAAGAGCAGAUAAAGUA